GUGGGCUGAGAGCCAACGAAUCCCCCGCCAGUGCUUGACUACCAAAACAAAACCGCCCCUCUUAGUCCUCAUUGUUGCUGUUCUUUUUUUGCUCCUCCCACCUAAACUCUUGCAGAAAUAAUUAGACUAUCUUGCUUGUGGACUCUUUUGAACGCUACAAUCCACCAACACAAUGCCUGACCACGACGAAGAUCUCGUUGCCUCCAAGACCGAGGGUUUCAAGGUUGGAGAGAAGAAGUCAAUCAACGAGUAUGCUGAGCUCGAUAAGAAUGACGAAUCCCUAAACCGCUGGAAGGCCUCCCUGGGUCUCAACACCGGCACCCCAAUCGGAGAUCCCAGCGAUCCCAGAAAAUGCAUCAUCAAGUCUCUGGCCCUGGAGGUGGACGGUCGUCCUGAUGUAGUCAUCGACCUUUCCGCCUCCGAUGCGCUCACGACUCUUAAGGACAAACCAUUCACCAUCAAGGAGGGUGCCACGUACUGCGUCAAGGUCAACUUCCAAGUGCACCACGAAGUCCUGAGCGGUCUGAAGUAUCUGCAGGUCGUGAAGAGGAAGGGUCUCAGGGUCAGCAAGGAUGAGGAAAUGCUGGGCAGCUAUGCCCCCAACACUACGGAUAAGCCCAUGUACGAGAAGAAAUUCAAUGCCGAAGAGGCCCCGUCCGGUAUAAUCGCUCGUGGUCACUACAACGCAGUCUCUAAAUUCAUUGACGAUGACGACCACACUCAUCUGCAGUUCGAGUGGUCGUUUGAUAUCGCAAAGGAUUGGUAAAUCUGACGGUUCCCGGAUGAACUACGACUCUGUCAUGACCAGCAUUCUUUGAAAAUUUGCAAGCGUUGUUGUACGGAACUGCAUUCUUGGAAUUUUUGACCUUCUUUCAGAGCUACACGUCCAUAUGACAAAAUGUUGAUUGUCGUAUAUAGGUCCUAAGAACUGGAUCCUACCCUAUAACUAUUUCGAAAAUCAGAGAAAAAAUAAAUAUACUGCAUAGAUAUACAUU